AUGAAGGAGUCGGUCGAGGUAAAUGGUGAAUGGAUGCUUUCAUUCCGUGACGAACAGCAAAAAUUGGAUAACGAAAAUGAUGCUGAAAAAAUGGCGAAAGUUAUAGAGAAUGCUCAUAUUGUAGAAGUUCUAGAAUUAAGAGGUAACACUAUAGGCGUUGGAGCUGGAGAGCGACUUUCUCAUGCACUAGAAUUUCAUCCUGAACUAAAGCGAGCAUUGUGGAGUGAUAUGUUUACCGGACGACUGAAAGAAGAGAUUCCUCCAAUUCUGCGUUUCCUGUGUGGUUCCAUGAUCAGAUGUGGGACUCGAUUAGUCGAAUUAGACCUUUCGGAUAAUGCAUUCGGCCCAGUUGGAGCAAAAGGACUUGAGGAGUUCCUGGAAAGUUCUUCGGCAUAUUCGCUAGAAGUACUGAAAUUGAAUAACAAUGGCUUAGGCGCUGGAGGAAAGAUUAUUGGAAAAGCACUUAUACGAUGUCAUAUAAAUGCACAAAAGGAUGGACAGAUUUUUCAACUAAAAACUUUUGUUGCUGGUAGGAAUCGUUUGGAGGAUCCUGGAGCUUUUGCUUUGGCAGAAGCAUUCCAAGUUUUGGGCUCUUUGGAAGAGAUAACGAUGUAUCAAGAUGGCAUAAGAGCUAAGGGAAUUGAAGCUCUUUCAGAAUCAUUUCGAUAUAAUCCUAAUUUAAGAAUAAUCAAUCUUAGUGAUAACACGUUCACUGUGAGUGGAGCUUGUGCAAUGGCAAAGGUAGUCCGGGAUCUGAUGAAUCUUGAAAUUUUGAACUUUGGUGACUGUUUAUGCCGAGAUAAAGGUGCUUUAGCUAUAAUUUCAAAUAUUUCUCUGUUAUCUCACUCGCACUUAAAGGAAAUCAACUUAUCAGGGAAUGAACUGAGUCCACGUGCGGUUGAAAUAAUUCUUGACAGAGUCAGCCAAGGUUUGCAUUUGAAAUCCCUGGUACUGCACACAAACAAUAUGGGAGCUCAGUUUGACGAAGUUAAAUCGAAAUGUAACAAAUAUAGUUUUAUCGAUUUGGGCGAAGAAAGUGAUGAUCAAGGGACACUGGAUGAAGAUGAAGGAAAUGACGUUUGUCAAGAAUUUUAUUCGGAAGAAAGCCAUUCCAGUUAUUCGAAUAAUGAAAGUGGUUAUGAAAAAAUGAAAGAUGGUUCCACAUUUCAUAGGUCUUUGGAAGCUGAUGACUAUCAAACAGUAAUUUCAUUCAAAAAUCAACAAUGGAAUUCUGAAGACGACGUGGAAGCUGUCACUCAGGCAUUAUUGUCUCGGAAGUUUGUGAAGGUCUUGGAUUUGCAUAGAAACUACAUAGGUAUUAACGCAUGCACGAGAAUUGCAGAGGUUCUGCGAAAGCGUAUGGAAAUGAAUAUGCAGAGCAUAGAAGAAGUGAACCUAAGCCAGAAUGGUAUCACUGCUGAAGGUAUGGUGCAGUUGGUUCAUGCAUUCAGAAGCAAUCCAAACUUGAAGGUCAUCGUUCUCAGUGGAAAUACGUUAGAAUUUGAAGGCGCCAUUUCUGUAGCUGAAGUAUUACCUUCAUUACGCUCACUUGAAAUUCUGGAUCUCAGUUCUUGCGCUUGUCAUGAGCGUGGAAUUUUGGCUGUGGCAGCAAAUUUAAAUUCGUCAACACAUCUACGUCUGAAGGUUUUGGACUUCUCUUCGAAUGCUUUAGGAGCCGAUGCAAUACAGCAGAUUGUACGUAUUUUUUCAAGUGGUGGAUUUCAUUUGGAACGGCUUUCGCUGCAUUCUAAUAAUAUUGGACAUCGUUUCAGUGAAAUGAAAGAAGAGUUUUCGUAUAUUCAGUUUCUGGAUUUUGGGAGUGAAAGCAGUGAUCAAGGCUCUUUGGUGGAGGAAAUAUCUAUUGUCGAUGGACGAAAACUAUGGGAUAAAAGUGGUGAUAAAUACACCGAAAAUUUUAAUAAUGGUUCCGCGCACCUAACUAUGGAUGAUAUAAUUUUAUUUAUAAAAAAUCCAUCAGUUGCUCUGCUGGAUGUUUUGCUAUUGGAUAUGAAAACUUUUGUGGAAACACUGCAUACUGAUUUAUAUGGAAGGACUCAGGAAAUAACAUCAGCUUUAUUGUAUUCCUUUUGUGCAUUGCUUUCUGUGGAAAAUUCUAACAAGCAAGUAUUGAAAGAGAAGAUCGUAACAUUGACAGAUGCUAUUUUGACUGCAGCGAAAAAAGUCAAGCGUCAACCAGUUUCAGCGACAGAAUCAAUAUGUAAUCAGCUAUUGGCAUUCGCAGGUGUUGUUCGGUCAGAAGCUCCUCAAGCAGUUACUGAUAUCAACAGUGUGAUCUUCUUAUUAGAAUCAAUGAUAAAACGUGGACAUUUCCAAGACUUGCAUCCAACCAUCGCCUUUUCAUUUGGCGCUAUGAAACAGAUGUAUCCGGAUCAAAGCGUCGGAAUUGAUCGACUAAUUCAGGCCAUGAACUUUCAGUGGAAACUCAAAGAAAUUCAUUGA